CUUGUAACUACAGUUAGGUAGGAUGAAGUGAGAGUGUGUGUUAACAUGGUAAUGUUCUACAAUGGGUGAAGUUAAGAGAUCUGAUUCUAAAGGUGAUAUCAGCAAGAUACUAGAUGAUAUACGAGGUAUAGUACACGGCAACAAAGAAACACUAGAUGGACUAAAAGCAAUAAAACAGAAGAAUGAGGAAACUUCCAAAGUUAAGACGAGGGUUGAUAUCCCAUCUGUAGUGUCCGGGUUUAAGAGUGAAGAUAUUGAAGAAGACGAUGAACGAGAUUUGGGGUAUUUGUAUUUCCCGUAUAGGAAAUGGUGCGAGAUAGAUAUUCCGCACAAGAAAGCGAAAGGAGGAGAGAGGGAGUCUCAGAUUAAUAAACGUAGCAAGAGGUUAACUCUACCUGAGCCUACAGAACGAGACCAAUUAGAACACCUCCCAAUGAUAGAAGCUGACACAGUAAGACCUGUUGAGUCAGCACCCAGAACAGGUGCAGCAGGAGCAGCACCCAGAGCAGGUGCAGUAUCCAGAGAACCAGAGCAACCCUCCCCUCCCCAGAGGUUACCUAGACGGGACCAGAGUGAGGAGAGGAGGAGGGGCCGGAGGGACAAGAGCGUUGAGAGGAAACGGCGGAUGGACGCCAUUCGACAAAAAACUUACGACCGGAAAAAGGAACAGAAACCAGAAGAAGCUGAGAGACGAGGCAGAGAUACAAGACAUCCUGACAAGGAGGAGGAGGAGAAGCCGGAACCUCCGUCCCGAAGAGUGCGACCUAAAAAUGAGGAACGACCGUCUAGAAGGAGGACAAGACCAUCUGCUCCAGAUGAACUGGAUGGAAGGUUACCUACAGUAGAAGUAGGAAGUGGACCUACAGAACACACGGCAGCUCCAGAACCCCCUCCACCAGAUCCACCUGUCCGUCUACCAGCUAGGGGCAGAACACCCAGUGGGCAUUCGUCCCCGGAGAUAGAGAUACGUAUCUGCAAAAGAUCUGGAAAGUGUGGAAAUAACCUCGUACCUCAGGAAUUGUUGAAGUUGCAGUCUCAACCAGAUCCCCCUGCUAGAGCACCCCAACAAAAAAGUAACAAUUACGAGUCCCCCCUGUCUCCCUCAUACCGCUCUAAGUCACCCUCAGAGCGGGAAAUGGAGAGAUUAGCUGCUCGUCUGGAGGCACUGAAGAAGGAGGUUAACAGUGUUAUAAGGGACUGUGAGGAGGAUACAGUUGGUAUAAGUUUAAGAGAGGCAGAAGACCGGCCCAAGUCCCCUUAUUACCCUGACAAGUCCCCUUACUACCGGGCCCGAUACCACUCUUCUCCCCAAUCUCCCACUGGGCAAAACGAUAAAACCACCUCUACUACUGAACUACCACAAGUUUACCACCCAGCUAAACAAGAGCACUUUUAUAAUGCUGAGAGGGAUUUGUCCCCGCUACCAUCUGAGAGGGACUUGUCCCCGCUACCAUCUGAGAGGGACUUGUCCCCGCUACCAUCUGAGAGGGACUUGUCCCCGCUACCAUCUGAGAGGGACUCAUCUCCACAACCGGAGAUGCUGUAUCUGUCUACACAGACUCUGGAACUUCCUGGAGAUGAGGGGGUCCCCAUCACUGACCAGCUAGAGUUGGAGGUGUUGUCUUUAACCGAGGUUCCAGAGCUCCACUCCCACUUCGUGCCCGUGCAAAACCAGGCUCCCAGUUCUUAUGAGGAGGUGUAUGAACCUGAAUGUGACCCCAACCUGACUACUAAUCACGUGAUUACGGACACCAACAACCGUCCCAAGCGGGAGGAGCAGCUUCUAACCCCUCCUCCACUGCCCGACAGGGACCCUCACCCAGACAUCACCCUCCGUGGAGACAACUUGUACGACCCCUACCAUAUAGGCACCACAUUCGUAGUGCUCUCCAGACAGAACCACGGCAGGUUCAAGUUCUCCAGCCCUCUGGAUCCCAACAGCUCCGCUCCUGGGAGUCCGAUCCGAGGGAGCCCUCUACCUGGCUCCACAUCAGGAAGCAGUCCUAAAUCAGUCCCUCGUAACGAGGCUCCUGAUGUGCCAGUUAUAACCCCUGCUGUAGCUGCUUCUAGCUGCUCUUGUAGCUGCUUCUCCAGCUGCUUCUCCAGCUGCUCCUGUAGCUGCCAGGUCCAAGAGACCUCUCUACCAACCUAAGUCCCUAAACGGUAGUUUGAUGAGUCUAACCUCACCAUCCAAAUAUGACCUUGAUACCAUCCCCUCAAAGCUGGUGGAACCCUCAAAACCAGUACCUUCUGAAACAGGGAGUCCCCCCGCCCUCCCGGCUAGAAACCCAGGCAUGUCUCCGGAGAGGAGGAAGGGGUUCCCGCGUCCUACUAAGGAGCCAGUUUACAGGGAGGUAGCUGUGGAUGCUCCUGAUAGACCUAUCUUACUAGACAGAAAGCACUCUCUUCUGGAGCAACAGAGAAACUCAGCUUCUAGAGAGUUCCACCUCCAGACCAUUAUGGACGUUGAGAGGCCGGGACGGCUGGACACUUGGUCCGGGGCAAUGCCCCCUGUGGAAGGUGUGGUCCCUCGUCCACUCAGUCCCUACUCUGAGAACUCACUCCGCAGAACAAUGCCUCAUGUUAAGCUGCUGGGAGAGGAGUGGAAGGAGCUAGCACAGAGACUCGGCUACGAGAACUCCCAGAUCGCCUCCUUUUCUCAGGAUUACCCAGACCCUGGCCAGGCUCUGCUGGACCACUGGUCCAGGUUACCGGAGUCUAAACUGGACGAUCUUCUCAAACAUCUCAAGGUUAUGGACCUGUGGAAAACAGCUGACACAUUAGACAAAACAUUCGAUAACACUAACGUGUGAUAUAACUUACUCUAGUUAACAGCUAACUAAUAUUACACUAAGCAAAUGAGAGAUUCACCAGUGUUUAAAUCAUUAGAAAGGAAUUUAUAUCAAUCAGAAAGUCAGAAGUAGUGAUUUUAGCAACAAUGCAUUUGACUUUGAAUUAUUGGAACAUUAGACAAACAAUUUUAUUUUGCCAACUUUUUGGUCGAACUGGUACUAUAUACGUCCGAAUUUACAUUUAAGAUUUCACAAUUAAUAGGUUCCCAAUUAACGUUUUAACAUGCAAAUUUACCUUGUUUAAUGUUAUUAUUUUCGUAAACUAGGCAUGGCCAGUCAACUCAAAAACUGAAUUCAU